AUGACCGUCGGUCUCCCCGUCGGUCUCCCCGUCGAUCUCCCCCCUGCCCAACUCCCCUCGGCCUCAACCCUGCCCGGCCGCACGGUGAGCCUCGAGCGGCUGACGCUCGAGCACGCCGACGGCCUCUUUGCCUGCCUGGGGGGCACCGACGCCGCCCACCGGCCGCUGUGGACGUACAUCCCCGACGGGCCAUACGAGGACGUCGACAGCUUCCGCGCGAGCCUCGCCGCCAAGAUCGCCUCGGCGAACUACUUCUUCGCGGUGAUUGACCGGCGCGCCGUCGUGGAUGGAACGCCGAACUCUCUAUUCGGGAGGGAAGUAGGAUAUAUCUGUCUGAUGCGGAUCGAGCCCGCCCACUUCUGCGUCGAGAUGGGCCAUGUGCUCUUCUCGCCCUUUCUGCAACGCACGGUCUGCGCCUCCGAGGCCGUCUACCUGCUCGCCUGCUAUGCCAUCGAUACCCUUGGCUACCGCCGUCUGGAAUGGAAGUGUGACUCGCUCAACGCCAAGUCACGGCAUGCCGCCCUGCGCUACGGGUUCGCCUUCGAGGGCAUCUUCCGCCAGCAUCUGGUCAUCCGCGGACGCAACCGUGAUACCGCCUGGUUCUCCAUUCUCAGGGAGGAGUGGCAGGGGUCACUCCGGGGGGCGAUGGAGGCGUGGUUGGACGAGGCGAACUUCAAUGAGAAUGGGACGCAGAAGAGACGACUUGAAGAGUUUAGAAAGUAG